UUGCAAAGAAACGAAGUUAGUCGCGCAUCGGGCGAGUUACUUGACAGACGUCCGAGUUGUUAAUCAUCUCGUUGCGUCAUUCUUUUGUGUUGAUAGUUGGGUUUUACGCCUCCGGCAGUGUGUAAUAUGUGGAGCGAGAGUGACGGUGAACGCGAGAACGAGAUCAUGAGCACCUCUACUUCCAAUUCGGAGGUAGUGCGCAUGGACGAGCGCGGCAUCGCGUGCGUCCCCGGGCCCGGCCAGCAGCCCACCAGUCUGCAAUUCAUCAAGUCAAAGGGCAUCCAUGUCGGGGACCAGUUCGUCUCUGUCACCCAGACGGUCCAUAACAACGAAGUGGUCAAAGGCCGUUUACUGGGCCUCGAGUUGGUGUCGGCAAAAAGCACACGCAAACUCCGCUGUAGCAUCGCGGUCUUCGUGUGUUGGGUGCUCGUAGUAGCGUCGGGCCUCGCGUUCUUCAUCUUCCAUUAUGUCUUAGCCAAGAAAUUGCCUCUAGAUCUAGAUAUCCACGAGCCUUGGUACCUGCGUCGUGGAGAUUGGCAGGCGAUGCUGCCAUACAGUCGAAAAUUCUUGAAUUUACCAGUAAAAAACGUCCUCAUUGGUCACAGCGCGACCGAAUACUGCGACGAGAAGUACGCUUGCAUAAGGCUUAUGCUGGCCAUCCAGAAUGAUCACUUGAGACGAGGGUGGGACGACAUCGGACCCAAUUUCCUUGUUAGCGGUAACGGAAUAGUUUUCGAAGGUCGAGGUGCAGAUGUUUUCCCUGUCAUGAUGGUAGACUGGAAUCGACGAAGCAUUAUGAUUAUGUUCUUGGGAGAUUAUAGAUACGACGCGUCGACUAUCGCGCAGUUUGAGCACGUGAGUGUAUUACUCGAGGAAUUGGUCAAGAAACAAGUACUGACCCCUGACUAUACGGUCUGGGCGAGUUGUCAACUCUCACCACAUACCAUCAGUCCAGGAAUCAAAGUUCUGGAGCGGAUGAAACUCUUCGAACAUUGGAAACAGACCAAUGUAUCUUUAUGUUUAAAAUCAUAUUUGCCCUUUCACCGUUACAUUUGGAAGGUCCUAAAGAACACCAGCAGGACUGAGAGAGUGACGUGCGCAGCCGCAUUCGCCGCGCUGUUGACGUGCGUCACACUCAUAGCGUAUUUUACGGCCGUCGCCAAAGCCCCUUCAGAAGACUCCAUAGACAUUGCUCCUCACGAGUGGAACAUUACGCGGGACAUGUGGCUCGCGGCAGAUGCCAACAACUCGCUGAAGACAACAGACUUCGAGCCCUUGCGGCUGGUGAUCGUGCAACACACGGUCAGCUCCGUCUGCCAUCGAUUCAUCAUAUGCGCCGCCGAACUACGCACGCUGCAAGGAUACUUCCUAAAGAACCUCAAACAUGACAUACCGUACAAUUUCAUAAUUGGCAACGACGGCAGAGUGUAUGAGGGGAGAGGUUGGAGCGUGAUCGGGGCGCAUACUCUCGGCUACAACUCCUGCAGCAUGGGACUCGGCUUUAUUGGCGACUACCGGGAGGAACUUCCCGCACAUGCCGAAGUAACUCCCCUUAUGAUGGAGAGGACCCAGAUGCUACUAAAGGACGGUGUGGCACGAGGAGUCCUACAUCGUGAUUUCAAGAUAGUCGGCGCGAAGGACCUGAGGCACUCCGAUAGCCCUGGAUCCAAUCUCUAUAACGCGAUCCGCCAGUUGCCGUACUACGACCACGAAAAUAUUUUCCAUGGAAAGAAUUGUGAACAAAUUCGCGCAAUGUUCCAAGACUGAUACACUUAACCCAAGGCGCUAGUAUUCGCUAGUAAACCUAUUUACUUGCACGUAUGAUUGCGCAUCACGGAAAACCGAAAUCAUUUUUAAAGACUUAAUAUUAUUUCAUGAUGGGUUUGCCAACUGAAAUAGUAAAACUAUAUUAAAUUAUAGAACAUUUAUCGAAUUAAAUUAGUUUUACGUGGGGAAUUUCUUUAAUACUUAGCUAUGUAUUCUUUUUUUUUAGUAAUUAAGUAAGUACUCGUAUAUCUUAUUCAAAAACUCUUUUGUGAUAGAGGUGGCCAUAAAUGUGUAAAGUAUAAUGCAAACCUAGUCUUUCCGUCUAUUUAAUAAUCAUCACAUAAUUAAAUAUAAAACGAAUAUUAUAUAAAACGUAGACUGAAUAUAAAA